AUGUCACGAGCUUACCAAAGCUACGAACACGCCGAUCCGAUCCAAGCCUCCCGCGGCGCAGUGGGUGGCGGCUCCUCAACCGGCGCCCCAGGCCUCCCGACAGGCCUGCACGAUACACGAUCCCAGUACGACGCAACCAAAGGCUACAACCCGUCUACAGGAGCUAGUUACUCGCGAUCAUCAGCAGGUGGACCAACUCAGACCCACCAGCGACCGCUCUCACCGUCGCCGUCUCGCAGCGAUGACCGGAUUGUAGGGGAUGCGCCGCUCCCGCACACAGCCAGUACAGCGCAGCGGGCGGAAAUGGAGGACUCUAGAGCUGCGCGGGCUGGUGAGGGGGUCGGAAAUAAAGCGAAGGGUGUUGCGGCGUCAGUUCAUGGUGCUGGAGAGUCAUUGCGUGGGGCAUUGAAUGCGGCUGUUGACCGGGCUUUUGGGUCUAAUGAGGGUGCUGAGCGGAAUCAGGAGAUUGCGAAUAAGGGCGCGGAGGAGAUUCGAUCUGGUCGGUUUCGGGAAUAA